AUGUCUUCCGGAGACCGUGACGACAAGUACAUCCAUCCGGCUGAAUACCCUAGUCUAUCCGAACAAGAAGCCAGCGUCGUGAGAAAGAUCUACGACUUCACCGAACGGUAUUUCCAAGAUCCGCGCUUCGACGCGUCCCACGACUUCGGCCAUGUCAGAAGGGUCGUCAACAAUGCCCUCUCCAUUCUCACGGCGGAAGAAGACGAGCGGAGACGCAGGGGCACGCUGGCCUUGAACCCCAUGAACGUGAUUCUGGGCGCCUUGCUCCACGACGUCGAGGACAAGAAGUACACCGUUUCCGCCGAAAAUCAAGGAUCGUCGUCAGCUCCGUCGCCCCUCAUCAGGGCCCUAGUCGACGCUGGCAUGUCCCUGGACUAUGCGGAGCAGAUGCGGGUGCUCGUCGAGGGCGUGUCAUACUCUUCUGAAGUCAAGAAUCCGCAGCGCGUCAUCGAUUUGAUCGAGGUGAUUCCGGAAUUGGCCAUCGUUCAAGAUGCGGAUAGGCUCGAUGCCAUUGGGGCGAUAGGGAUCGGUCGGUGUUUUACCUUUGGCGGCGCCAAGGGUGCCAGAAGUCUGGACGACUCGAUUGAGCAUUUCCACGACAAGUUGCUCAAACUCGAGAGUAUGAUGAAGACACCAGCGGGAAGGGUGUUGGCCGCAGAGAGAUCUCGUCGGAUCCGCGAAUUUGUCGGCUGGUGGAAGGACGAGGCAGGGCAGUCAAUAGCCUGA